CAGAUCGUACACAUCUGCCAACAGCUUGAGCAAACAACACUUUUUUUCCCAUCACUUUAUUUAUAGAAAGCAUCACAACAUGUGCAACAUUAAUACAAUAACAGAAAACAAAUAGGCAUCAUAAUGAAAUAAAGAUAACAUAAAGGACUUCACUUUCAUUUUGUUGAUACGGUCAAGAUGGUAACAGGACAAAAGAUAAAAGUAAUAAUAAAUAAAUAAAUAGAAAAUAACAAAAAGUAGGCAACAAAAUCAGAUUUCUUAAAAUAAAUCUUGGAGUAACUAACUGUAUGUGCACAUUUCUCAUUGUUUAUCAGUUGGAUAGACUCAAAAUACUUUCUAAAUUCAAUCAUGAAAAGUUCAAACGAUGGGCGAGAUCUUGAGAACUCAGAUUUAUGGAUGUGAAAUUUUCCCAGUAAAAUUAAUAAGUUGACAGAACUUUCUCGUUUUUGCUUUCAUAGUUUAGUAUUACAUCCUUGGAUUCCAGUUUAAUUGAAUGGUUGGUUUGAGUGUCAAAAUAAUCCUCAAUUUUUUUUUUCCAGAAUCCUGAUGUAUACUGACAUUCAUAAAGUAGAUGUUUAGUUGUGUCUUCUUUUGUUUUAUUUUACAUAAAUCACUUUUGUUAUCGAUACCCACAAAUCAGCUUUAUUGAAACAAAUAUACAACAAGUUUACAGUACCUUGUGUAUACAACUACAAAAACACCAGGGGAAAGCUUAAAAAUAAAGUUAAAUAAAUAUCUUGUAAGCUACAGUGGUCAUAUUUUUAAACAGCUUUUUUGUUUGUACAUUCAGAUAUUGAAGAAAUUAUUCUGUUAUAUGGACAGUCAGCUCUGAAAAGUUUGGAUUUUUGCUUAAGAAUUUGGUAUGUGAAUAUAAAAUUUGGUCAAAAUAGUAAGCAAAUUAAUCAAAUUAAUUUUUAAUCAGAUUCCUGCCAUAUUACGUGAAUCCAAACAAUACAUUUUUCCAAAGUAAUACUAAGUGAGGGGAGACAUGAUCAGCAAUAAAUCGUGACCAUUUACUCCACAGUUGUUUUAUAUGGGGGCAAGACCGAAAUAAACGUAUCAGCGUUUCUGUGAGCUCCCCACCAAAGGUGCAACUCACAUCAAUGCCUGUCUCGAGUUUCUGUGAAAAGCGACACACCACUUUCGUGCCGCUGACAGUGCGUGAUGACGACACCAGAAGGCCCUAGCGUGGUGUGUAGCGUAACAUUCCAUUCAGAAGAAGAGGAGAAAGAUGGCGUCCUCGAACAAUCCUCGCAAAUUUAGCGAAAAAAUCGCUUUGCAUAACCAGAAACAGGCGGAGGAGACGGCUGCAUUUGAAGAAGUGAUGAAAGACUUGAACAUCACCAGAGCUGCACGGUUGCAGUUACAGAAGACCCAGUAUUUGCAACUAGGGCAGAAUCGUGGACAGUACUAUGGAGGCUCACUGCCCAAUGUCAAUCAGAUUGGAAAUGGCAACAUUGACCUGCCUUUUCAGAACUCGGUGCUGGAUACCAGUCGGACAACCAGGCACCACGGGCUGGUGGAGCGUGUUUACCGUGACCGGAACCGCAUCACGUCUCCUCACCGCCGGCCGCUGUCGGUCGACAAACAUGGACGUCAGAUUGACAGCUGUCCUUACAGCUCAGUUUACCUCUCCCCACCGCCAGACACUAGCUGGAGAAGGACAAAUUCAGACUCCGCCUUACAUCAGAGUGCCAUGAAUCCUAAGCCCCAAGAGGUGUUUGCUGGGGGAUCACAGGAGUUGCAGCCUAAACGAGUACUGCUGCUAACAGUGCCUGGGACGGAGAAUUCAGAGUCAAAUGCAGACAAGGACGCGCAGAAACAGUUGUGGGAUGACAAGAAGGAUGAUUCAUCAAAGCCCAACACAUGUGAUGUUCCAGGAAUCAAUAUAUUCCCAUCACCAGACCAGGAAUUGAACCCAUCCGUGCUCCCAGCUGCGCACAACACCGGCGGUUCGCUGCCUGAUCUAACCAACAUCCAGUUCCCUCCUCCGCUGUCCACCCCGCUGGACCCUGAGGACACCGUGGCCUUCCCCUCCCUCAGCUCGGCCAACAGCACAGGCAGCCUGACCACCAACCUCACCCACCUGGGCAUCAGCGCUGCCAGCCAUGGGAUCCCCACCUCCUCUCAGCCCACCAUGACUGUAACAGCACAGCGCCGCCAACCUCCCGUGGUGCCGCUCACCCUCACCUCUGACCUCCAUCUUCAACAGUCCCCACAGCAGCUCUCAUCCACCCUGUCCUCGCCCGUAAACAUCACACAGGCUUUGCCAACUGAGUCGUUGACCCUGGAGCAGCAGCUCUCCCAGUACCCCCUGUUCAACCAGCUGACGGCUCAGGCCCAGGCUCAGCUGAUCAGCGACCUGCAGAAACAGCAGCAGGCCUUGCCUCAGGGCAUCCAGCUCAUCGCCUUGCCGACUUCGGUCUCCACUGGUUCGGCCACUGCCAGCAGCCCCUCCCCAGACAGCCAGACCACCGCCAGCAUGAGCAUCAGCUCGUACCGCAAUCAGACUGGCUCACCAGCCACUCAGUCUCCAACCUCCCCAGUCUCCAAUCAAGGCUUCUCCCCCGGCGGUUCGCCUCAACAUAUUCCUGUGGUGGGCAGUAUAUUCGGCGACUCCUUCUACGAUCAGCAGUUGGCAUCAAGGCAGACCAACGCUCUUUCUCACCAGCUGGAGCAGUUCAACAUGAUCGAGAACCCCAUCAGCUCCACCAGCCUUUACAAUCAGUGCUCCACCCUCAACUACACGCAGGCGGCCAUGAUGGGUCUUACCGGGAGCAGCUUACAAGAUUCUCAGCAGCUCGGCUACAGUAGCCAUGGCAACAUCCCCAACAUCAUCCUAACAGUCACAGGUGAGUCUCCGCCGAGCCUCUCCAAAGAGCUGACCAACUCGCUGGCGGGCGUCGGCGACGUCAGCUUCGACACAGACUCUCAGUUCCCACUUGACGAGCUGAAGAUCGACCCCCUCACCCUGGACGGACUGCACAUGCUCAAUGACCCCGACAUGGUGCUCGCCGACCCUGCCACCGAGGACACGUUCAGGAUGGACAGGCUGUAAUGUGAGAUGCUGACUGUGGCCGAGAACAAGAAGAAAAAAAAAACACACUAACUUGUGAAUGGAGAGAAACAAAGGGCAGGAUGAACCCUCUCCCUCGUUGCAUGGCCGUCCAGCUGUCCGACCUCGCCCUCGACUCCGUGAAGCCCUUUGAAACGAUGCGCCACCAAAAGACAACAGGGAAAAAGACAUCCAGUGGCUUGCCAGGGAAUGGCCUCGCUGUCGUUUUGAAUGAGAUUGGUCGCUCAGCGCUUUCGCUAGCCUACUGUGUUUACAGUGUACCAUUACAUGCCACAUAUAUUCCAAAAAAAACGCACAUUUGACUUUUUUUUUUCUUUUCAUAUCCACUUUAAUAUUUGUUUCUGUUCAUAUUUGCUUGUAGCAGGAAGCUGCUAGGACAUUGGGCUAAACCGUACCCGAUAAAACGGCUGUGUUUGGGGAAAAAAAAAAAACAAGGAAAAAACCACCACAGCCAGUUUGCUUGUACCCUGUAAUCAAAUGAAUCGGUUUUCCCAUCAUGCCGUAACGGCUUUCUAUUUCACACUCAAAGCUUUAUUUUUGACAACCAAAUGUUAUUUUCAUCAUGUACUGUAUGUUUUGAUGCUUUAUGUAUUUAUAUGUUCUAUUUAUUUAUUUGGUUAAAGAUUUUAUAUUCCAUUUCGUAAUUUCAAUUUGAUGCCAAAAUGCUCUCUGUAGGCAUAGUGUAAAAUUGCACUGAUGUAAUUUGUGUCUAUUUAUUAAUUACUAACAUAUUUAUAUAUGUGUUUAUUAAGCUACUUGGUUAAUGAAGGAGUGCAAAACCUCCCCAUAGUUGCUCUUUGGUGUUCGAUGUGCCAUUCUCUGAUACAGGACGUGGUAGGUGUUGCCAUGCUGCAGACGGUCAAAUCAAAAUAUCAUAGUUUUUAGCACUGGUCCAGAAAAUGCUGCGUGCUCCAGAAAUGGGUUGGUUUUACGCCAGUUGAAUUAACUUUUUCUGAGAAAAUCAUCAGGUAUUUCUAUUUAACUAGAAAGCAAGAAAAACGCGUCCAAAUUGAUUUUCUGCUCUGAAAAGCCAAUAUCUCCAGACUGGUCUUUCUUUCAGGGAAGGAAGCUGUCUGUUUUUAAACCAGAGAACACUAAAAUCUUAAAUCUUUUUAAGUCGUCACUGUGAAAUCACCUGAUUUUGCCUUACAUGAGUAUUCUACUGUUCUACUUAAGUGUCUAAUGUGACAACGUAUUUUCGUAACUUAUUGUGACAUUUUCUUGUAUUUGAGAGGAACUUUUGGUCAGUGAUAUUUGUGGUUAUGUUGUGUAAGGUUUGACAAAUCAAUGUACUGUAUUUUGUAGCGGUACAGUUUAUAGCCAAAUUGUUGAUGUUUUAUAAAGUGCGUCAAAAAACUACAAAAAAACUUCGAAGGAUGGGUUUAAAGUAUUCGAGAAGGAGUGCAAAUAUGGGGAGGCUUUUUGCUCCUUGACAGGGAAGCUCUAACAAAAACGCUGUUGACUUUCGCCACAGGAGUCCUCAAUGAUUAAUGGUUGAUCAUUGCAUAUUGAACGGUAGCAAAGCCUCUAAAUGCUUGAUGCAAAUUUGCAUUACUUCAUGAAUAUAUUGAGACUUUAUUGUAGAAUUUCUGACUUCAUUUAUUUAACUAGAUGAAGCAUAUAAAGGUUAUAUUUAAGAAAGAAUAUGAGUAUAUUUAUAUGUUUAAAGUAUUGUUUUUUUGACAGAACCAAGAUCUGCCCCAUUCAUUCAGUGUUGUAAACAACAAAAAUGGUCACAAAAACAAUCAGGGAUGUAGUAGAGACUAAAAUUGUUUACGCCACCUUUUCAACCGAAAAGUGUUUACAAAAGUUUUAUCUGAAAAUUUCUACAUUGAUAUCAUCUCGCACUACAUCCAUGACACAAUGAUCCUGCUGAUCCGUUGGAACUAUUUUGCCAAAAUGUGUAGAACAAAUUGGGUCAAAUGUUUAAACUGUUAAAACACACAGAGACUUCUGCCAUGGCCUUUUGUCAGAGUUUCCCUGAGAGUUGUGUGUCAGUCUGUGGGAUCAUGUUUGGUAUAUUGUAAUGUUUGUGUACAGACAUCAUUUACUCGACUAAAGCGCUGUUGGGAAGAGGUCCCGACCCCCACGAAAAAGGAAUCACGUUUGGUUUACUGCACACCUCUACAGUUGUACAAUUUGUUUCCAUUUAUCGUCUGCUGCACAUCUCCAUCUAAGGUUUUGUUUGCCUUCAACAGAUCUGUGAUUCCUAUGCAAAUGAGACAAAAA